UCUAAAUAAAUUCUUCAAGUUCUUUUGGAAGCCAAUCUGUUGAAUUAAUUUAGAAAUUUGUUACAAAAGUGUUAUUUAGUGCGAUUUCUGUGGAAAAUAUUUGUUAAUGUGCCACUGAAUUACGUGCACAUACUAAAAUUAGUUAAUUUGCGUUGAAAAGAGUACAAAUAUGGAAGAUAUAUUUCAUUGGUGCCGUGAGGGAAACUCGAUACAAGUACGCCUUUGGCUCGAAGAUACAGGCAAUGAUAUGAAUUUAGGUGAUGAUCAUGGCUUCAGCCCCCUACAUUGGUGUGCCAAAGAGGGCCAUACGAAAUUGGUGGAAACCCUAAUACAGCGUGGCGCUCGCGUUAAUGCCACUAAUAUGGGCGAUGAUAUUCCUCUACAUCUUGCGGCUGCACAUGGACAUCGUGAUAUUGUGCAAUUAUUAAUUCGUGAGCGCUCUGAUGUCAACGCGGUAAAUGAACACGGCAACACGCCGUUGCAUUAUGCCUGCUUUUGGGGUUACGAUAUGAUCUGUGACGAUCUAGUCAAUGCUGGUGCGCUCGUUUCAAUUGCCAACAAAGAUAACGAUACACCCUUAGAUAAGGCCAAAGCUGGUUUGUCAAAGCGUCUGCAUGAUUUAGCCGAACGAAAUGGUCAUGACAUCAAGAAAAUCAGCUUUAAAGAACAAAGUUGGUUGGGUACCAAAACACGUUCACGCGAUGCCACACUCUCGCGCUUUAAAGGUAUUAAUUUGGGUGAAUUAGAUUUGCAUACAAAAAUCGCCAGUACGCCGUCGGGUGAGACAUGGCGUGGCCGUUGGCAGAAGAACGAUGUUAUAGCCAAGAUUUUAGCGGUGCGUCACUGUACGGCGCGUAUAUCGCGUGAUUUCAACGAGGAGUUUCCAAAGCUGCGCAUUUUCUCACAUCCGAAUAUCUUGCCAAUAAUUGGCGCAUGCAAUCAGCCACCAAAUCUUAUUACAAUUAGUCAGUUUAUGACGCGUGGUUCACUCUUUAAUUUGCUACACCGUGCCACUGGUAUUGUGGUGGAUACGGCGCAAGCAGUGCGUUGCGCCUUGGACAUAGCACGUGGUAUGGCGUAUCUACACUCGCUAGAACGCAUCAUACCCACGUACAACUUGAACAGUCAUCACGUCAUGAUCGAUGAUGAUUUGACCGCGCGCAUCAAUAUGGGCGAUGCGAAAUUCUCCUUCCAAGAGAAGGGACGCAUUUACCAACCGGCCUGGAUGUCACCGGAGGCGCUGCAACGCAAACCGGGCGAUCGCAAUUGGGAGGCGUGCGACAUGUGGAGCUUCGCCAUCAUCCUAUGGGAGCUGACAACGCGUGAGGUGCCGUUUGCCGAAUGGUCGCCCAUGGAGUGCGGCAUGAAGAUCGCCUUGGAGGGUCUGCGCGUAAAAAUACCGCCGGGCACGUCGCCGCACAUGUCGAAACUGAUCACGAUCUGCAUGAAUGAGGACGCUGGCAAGCGACCGAAAUUCGAUAUGGUCAUACCGAUUUUGGAUAAGAUGAAACGCUAAAGCAACAGAGAAAAUGAUCAUCAUGGCUGCCUUUGUAUGAGCUUAUGCAGCGCGUUUCUAGCACAUUUUCGCUUAAAACUAAUGCAAAACUAAAAAUGUGUGUUGUAUUUAAGCCAAGCACAACGAAAAUGCCAACUCAUUUAAUAAAUACGAAAUUACCAUUUACCGCAAGCAGCGUAGGCCUUUGUCUAUUGCAUAACUGCGCUGCAUGCGGUCGCCUUUGCCAAACCACAAAAGUGCCUAAAAUCGUCGGAAUUUUUAAUAAACGCAAACAUUUAACUCAAAUUAAAUGCAUAUAAUGAAAAUAAUUGCACAAAGUAUAUUUAGUAAUUUUUUAAAACAAUUUUAUGCGUGAUUUACAUAUAUACAAACUAUUUUUAAACCAGCGUUUUCCGUAUGCAAAUGUUGCACGUUGUGUGUUUAAGUCAAUUAUGCUUUGUGGCAACUGUAAAAUCUCAAAUUCUACAACUACAACAACAACUACUAUUACUACCCACCCAAUGGCGCAUAACAAUUAAUUUAUUUAAUAUAUUUUUAUGUAUUUGUUUACUAAUCUCUGCUAUUCUAAGAAGCCAAUUUAACUUUAAACUAUUUUAUCGGUGCUCUAACUGUAUUAUUAAUGCCACCACAGUUGUAUUUCGUUAAUUUUAACUACUUUCAACACCCACUGAUUUAUGUUUUUAUUGUUUUUGUACUAAUUUCGGUAAUAAAAAAUAAAUUUUUUG